AUGGCGGCUGGGCUGGAGACGCAGGCUGUCCGCUGGGUGUCUGGUACCCUGGAGAACCCGCAGCAUCACCCUGGCUGGCAAGGGACCCUGAAGGCCACCGGCUUCAAGAAGCGAUGCCUGCAGGCCACCAUCACCCAGGACAGCACUUACGGUGCCGAAGACUGCCUGUACCUCAACAUCUGGGUCCCCCAGGGCAGGAAGGAAGUCUCCGAGGACCUGCCUGUGAUGGUCUGGAUCUACGGCGGAGCCUUCCUCAUGGGGGCUGGCCACGGGGCCAACUUCCUCAACAACUACCUGUAUGAUGGGGAGGAGAUCGCCACCCGAGGCAACGUCAUCGUGGUCACCUUCAACUACCGCGUCAGCACCUUGGGCUUCCUCAGCACCAAGGACGCCAACCUGCCAGGGAACUACGGCCUGCGGGAUCAGCACAUGGCCAUUGCCUGGGUGAAGAGGAACAUCGAGGCCUUUGGGGGGGACCCCAACAACAUCACUAUUUUUGGGGAAUCAGCUGGAGGUGUCAGCGUCUCUCUGCAGACCCUGUCCCCCUACAACAAAGGCCUCAUCCGGAGAGCCAUUAGCCAGAGCGGUGUGGCACUGAGCCCCUGGGCCAUCCAGCACAACCCACUCUUCUGGGCCCAAAAGGUGGCCGAGAAGGUGGGGUGCCCCACGGACGAUACUGCCAGGCUGGCCAAGUGUCUGAAGGUGACCGACCCCCGGGCCCUGACCUUGGCCUACCACGUGCCCUUCGGAAAAUAGGAAUACCCUAUAGUGCACUAUCUGGCCUUUGUCCCUGUCGUGGAUGGAGACUUCAUCCCCGAUGACCCUUCCAACCUGUUCUCCAAUGCUGCCGACAUCGACUACUUAGCAGGCACCAACAGCAUGGAUGGCCACCUAUUUGCUACCGUUGACAUGCCAGCCAUCGACAAGUUCUACAAGGACAUCUCAGAGGAGGACUUCUACUGGCUGGUCAGUGGGCUCACCACCAACAAGGGGCUGGAAGGUGCCAGGGCCGCCUUUGCCAUCUACACCGAGUGCUGGGCUCAGGACCCAUCCCAGGAGACCAAGAAGAGGACUGUGGUGGACCUGGAGACCGACGUCCUCUUCCUGAUGCCCACGGAGACAGCCCUGGCCCAGCACAGAGCCGCUGCCAAGAGUGCCAGGACCUACUCCUAUCUCUUCUCCGUGCCCUCUCGGAUGCCCAUCUACCCUAGAUGGGUGGGGGCUGACCAUGCAGAUGACAUCCAGUAUGUCUUUGGAAAGCCCUUUGUCACCCCACUGGGGUACCGGACUCAAGACAGGACCGUCUCCAAGGCCAUGAUUGCCUACUGGACCAACUUUGCCCGCAGUGGGGACCCCAACAUGGGCCACUCUGCUGUACCCACUCACUGGUACCCCUACACCACGGAGAACGGCAACUACCUGAACAUCACCAGCACACUAGACAGCAGCUCCAUGAAGGAACACUUGAGGACCAAGUUUCUACAGUUCUGGGCCCUGACCUACCAGGCGCUGCCCACUGUGGCUGAGGCCACCCCUGUGCCCCUUGUGGAUGACUUUGAAGGUGUCCCUUUGCCCCCUACAGAUGGUUCUGAGGCUGCCCCUGCCCCCCCUGAAGAUAACUCCUCAGAAGUCCCUGUGCCUCCCACAGAGGGCUCCCUGGCCCCUCAGAUGCCCAUAGCCAUUGGCUUCUAGUGUCCAUGAGUCUGGUCUCAAGUGGCCACAAGAUUGGGUUCCCCAGCUGCCUCCUGUCCUGAGCUCUUCCUGAAUAAAACCC